AUGACCCAUGACAGUGUGCAGUUUAUUCUUUCAACCAACGAUAAAACAAUUAAAUUGUGGAAGGUUAAGGAGCAUAAGGUGAAACGAGUUAUAGAAAUGGCACCUCCUUUGUGUUCAGAAAAUAUGCUUUUGGCUGAAAGAAGUUUCGUACCAGAGCUGGAACUCAAGUCUGCUGCUAAUGGUUAUCGUUUGGAAUGGAUACAGAAGACGUCUCCGAAUCAUUUGCCAAGUCAAGGCGUUGAUAGCGAGGUUAGUGGAAGGGAAGAUCCUUUUCGUGCAAAAUGCCAAAAGGUGUAUGCUUUUGCUCACAGUUUCAAUAUCAACUCCGUCUCAAACAAUAGUGAUUAUGAGACCUUUGUCUCGGCAGACGACCUUAGAAUCAAUUUGUGGAAUCUUGAUAUCAGUGAUCAGUGUUUCAACAUUAUUGACAUGAAGCCAUCAAACAUGGAGGAUCUUACUGAGGUUAUAACAUCAGCUGAAUUUCAUCCUAUACAUUGUAACCUCCUGGCAUAUAGCAGCUCUCAAGGUUUUAUUCGUCUUUCUGAUUUGCGACAUGCAGCAAUAUGCGACCAUGCUUCUAGAAUAUUUCAACAUGGACAGAGUUAUGGAUCAAAGUCAUUUUUUACAGAAAUCACUUGUUCCAUCUCAGACAUUAAGUUUUUGAAUGAUGGCCAUCAACUUAUAAGUCGCAAUUACAUGAAUAUGAAGCUUUGGGACAUGCGUAUGGAGUCAUCUCCAGUGGCAAUAUUCAAAAUUCACGACCAUCUGCGUCCUAAGUUGCCAGAGCUAUAUAAUAAUGACUGCAUAUUUGAUAAAUUUGAGUGCUGCUUUAGUGGUGAUGGACUCCAUUUUGCAACUGGUUCUUAUAGCAAUCUCUUGCGGAUAUUCUCCCGAGGCUCUGGGAGGGAGGAAGGGAUCAAACUAGAAAUUGGAGGAAAUUCUGACAGGAAGGCUAUUGACCAAGCUAAGUCAAGGGUUAGAAGACCUUCUCUAAGCAACAUAAUACCUCGUGGAAUUUACCAGCACGCUCACCCCGAUUCACAGUCUAGUAGUGCUGACUUCACUUGUAAUUUACGCCCCAAGUUGCUACAUGUAGCUUGGCAUCCUUCAUGCAAUCUAGUUGCAUGUGCUGCUGAAAGUAGCCUAGUCUUGUACUAUGCGUAA